UUUUUUUUUUUUUUGCAACUGAAGCUCCGAUUUACUCUAGUCGUUCCCGACCAACCCCAAAACGGCCCGUGUUCCCCAUCUCUCCUCCCAGAACCUCCUCCUCCUCCUCGCCGCCGCCGCCGCCGCUGAAGAUGGCGGCGAAGCAGCCGUUGGCGGACGUGGAGGACGGGCUCCUCGCCCACCUCAACGCGAACGCCGAGAUCCCCGACUCCCGCUACUUCGCCUCCUCCCUCGGCGUCCCGCACAAGGACGUGGAGGAUGUCAUCAAGAGGCUCUCCGCCUUCCGCAUCGUUGAGAGUGCGGACAUCACCAAGGAGACGUGGAUGCUCACCGAUGAGGCCAAGGGGUAUGCCGCGAGGGGCUCCCCCGAGGUGCAGCUCGUCGCGGCCAUCCCGCCCGAGGGUGCCUCCAAGGGCGCGCUCAAGGAGAGAUUGGGGGACGUGUUCGAUAUUGGAAUGAAGGCAGCAGCCAAGAACAAGUGGAUUGGAUUUGAGAAGGGAAACAAAGACCUCGUACUGAGAAAGGUUGAGGAUACCAAGGAUGAAUUGCAAGAGCAGCUUAGAAGACUGGAGAAUGGGGAGGUUAUCGCUGACAAAGUAAUAGAUGAUUUGAAGAGAAGAAAGCUUGUAACAAAAGAGAAAUCUAUUUGGUAUUCACUGAAGAAGGGGCCUGAAUUUGUUGCAAAGAGAAAAACAUUGGCAACCGAUGUGACACGAGAACAUCUCAAGAGUGGCGACUGGAAGGAUCUGGAAUUUAAAGAUUAUAACUAUGGAGCUCAAGGACAACCUAUUGCGAUAGGAUAUAGCCAACCGUUGUUAGAGGUACUUCUAAUCUGUACAGUGUUCCAUUUUUUCAUACAGCUUUAUAUGAUAAACCAGAUAACUCAGAACUGUUAUUUGGUGGAUUUUCUUCAGGUCCGUGAGGCAAUCCAGAACAUUUUUCUCGAGAUGGGGUUCAGUGAGAUGCCAACGAACAUGUAUGUAGAGAGCAGCUUCUGGAAUUUUGAUGCACUGUUCCAGCCACAACAGCAUCCUGCUCGUGAUUCACACGAUACCUUUUUCCUCAAAGCCCCUGCUACAACAACACAAUUACCUGAUGACUAUCUUGAGAAAGUAAAGCAAGUACAUCAGUCUGGUGGUCAUGGCUCCAAAGGAUAUGGUUACGAUUGGAAGCGAGAUGAAGCAGAGAAAAACCUGCUUCGUACUCACACAACUGCAGUUUCAACAAGGAUGCUAUACAAGCUAGCACAGGAGAAAACUUUUGCUCCUAAGAGAUACUAUUCUAUUGAUCGUGUUUUCCGGAAUGAAGCUGUGGACCGAACUCAUCUUGCAGAAUUCCACCAGAUAGAAGGUCUUAUUUGUGAUUAUGGUUUGACGCUUGGUGAUCUGAUAGGUGUAUUGGAGGAUUUCUUCUCCAGACUAGGCAUGUCAAAGCUGCGUUUCAAACCUGCCUACAACCCGUACACUGAACCAAGCAUGGAAAUUUUCAGCUACCACGAUGGUCUGAAGAAAUGGGUGGAAAUAGGCAACUCAGGCAUGUUCAGGCCGGAAAUGUUACUUCCCAUGGGACUGCCAGAGGGUGUUAAUGUUAUCGCAUGGGGUCUUUCGCUUGAAAGGCCAACAAUGAUUCUGUAUGGGAUUGACAACAUACGUGAUCUCUUUGGGCCAAAGGUCGACUUCAAUCUGAUCAAGAGCAGCCCGAUUUGCCGCUUGGGGCUGUAGUGUGGUGAGCUUGAUAGAACUUUAUCUGGAUGUCUGGAUGCGAAGGAUGUUUAUUUGUGGUUAUACCUUUGAAAACCAGUACUUGUGCAUUUAACAGAGGGAGUGCAGAAAUACACACAUGUAGCUCUGAAUUGCAAUUUUGAGGUGUUCAUGUUCGAUA